AUGCAUUACAACUACAUCGUUAUUCUGGCGCUCACUGCCUCAAGCCAUGCCCUCAUCCGCUUCGGAUGCUCACAACUGGUCGUCGACCGUCUUGAUCCCUUGGUCGAGCCUGGAAACGAGCCAUCUUCCCAUCUUCAUCAGAUUAUCGGUGGAAACUCUUUCGUCCCUGACAUGAGUCCAACUACACAUGAUCCACCCAGCAUGUCAACAUGUACCACCUGCCAACCCGCUGACGACUUCUCGAACUAUUGGACAGCCUCCCUUUACUUCAGUGCGCGAAAUGGUACAUACAAGCGGGUCCCUCAGAAGGGAAACGCUCUCUUCGAGGGUCAGAACGGUGGAAUGACAGUCUAUUACAUGCAGAAUCAGUUGGCGGAUUAUCAGCAAAAGUCCAAGGUCAAGGCCUUUCAGCCGGGCUUUCGAAUGAUUGUUGGUUCGCCUACAGCAACAACUAGAGCUGAGGCGGACAAGUACCCGCAACUCACAUAUACCUGUCUGCAAGACAUGGGCACCCGUUUCCCAGAGACCAAAGCCUUCCCUAAGAAGCCAUGUCCAGCAGGUAUCAUGGUCAAUCUCAGAUUCCCGACAUGUUGGAACGGCAAAGACCUCGAUUCACCUGACCACAUGGCCCACAUGGCCUACCCCGAAUCCGGUACCUUCGAGUCGCAAGGCCCUUGUCCAGCAUCCCAUCCAGUCCGCAUGCCCCAACUCAUGUACGAAGUAAUCUACGAAACCGCCGCCUUCAACGACAUCUCCCUCUGGCCCGAAGACGGCAGCCAGCCCUUUGUCUACUCCUUCGGCGACAACACCGGCUACGGCAACCACGGCGACUACAUCUUCGGCUGGAAAGACGACGCGCUCCAGAAGAUAAUGGACGAGGAGUGCUACGUAAACUGCGCAACGAUGAGGACCCAAAGCAUGGAAAUGAUGAACAGCUGCAGCGUACCACGCAAAGUAAACGAAGCCAUUGGAGACACAGCUUGGAUCCCAGCCCUGCCAGGUCACAUGAACGGCACAGCGACGACGGAAAAGGCUAGAAGCUUCCGCGCUUAG